AUGGCCAAUAACUCUUUUCGUGGGUCCAAACAUGGCCGACGUUACGAGGCCAACCAUGAGACAGAGUUCAGCUGCUCACUGCAGGAGCUGCGAUCACUCAUGGAACUACGAGGAGCGGAAGCAAUAACUAGGAUCCAGGAGUGUUAUGGAGACAUUAAUGGACUGUGUGCCCGACUGAGGACGUCACCUGUCGAAGGUUUAGAUGGAAAAUCGGAGGACAUCAACAGAAGGAUACAGGAGUUUGGACAGAACGUCAUCCCUCCUAAAAAGCCUAAAACCUUUGUGCAGUUAGUGUGGGAAGCCCUGCAGGAUGUGACGCUCAUCAUCCUGGAGGUGGCAGCCAUCAUUUCACUAGGCCUUUCUUUCUACAGUCCACCAGAUGCUGAGAGACAGCACUGUGGUGAAGCAGCUGGUGGUGUAGAGGAUGAGGGUGAGGCGGAGGCCGGCUGGAUCGAAGGCGCUGCCAUCCUCCUGUCUGUGGUGUGUGUGGUGCUGGUGACGGCCUUCAAUGACUGGAGCAAAGAGAAGCAGUUCCGUGGCCUCCAGAGUCGCAUCGAGCAGGAGCAGAAGUUCACCGUGGUCCGAGGGGGGCAGGUGAUCCAGAUCAAAGUGUCCGAGAUCGUAGUAGGAGACAUCGCACAAGUCAAAUAUGGUGACCUCCUCCCUGCCGACGGUGUCCUGAUCCAGGGCAACGACCUAAAGAUUGAUGAGAGCUCUCUGACCGGAGAGUCGGAUCAUGUCAAGAAGACUCUCGACAAAGACCCCAUGUUGUUGUCAGGUACCCAUGUGAUGGAGGGUUCUGGCAAGAUGUUGGUCACUGCUGUAGGUGUGAACUCUCAGACUGGAAUCAUUUUCACGCUGCUCGGUGCUGGCGAAGAAGGCGACGGCGAUGGUGAAGACAAAAAAGACAAGAAGAAAGAGGAGCGGAAAAACAAAGAGAGGAAGGAGAAAAAAAGUAAAAAAGAAGACAAAAGCAAGAAAGGAAAAAACAAGGAUGGAGUCACUGUGGAGAUGCAGCCACUUAAUGACGAUGGAGACCCAGACAAGAAGAAGAAAAACCUACCGAAGAAGGAGAAAUCCGUCCUGCAGGGCAAGCUGACAAAACUGGCUGUGCAGAUCGGCAAAGCAGGUCUGUUCAUGUCUACUAUCACUGUCAUCAUCCUCAUCACUCGCUUCCUGAUCGAUACCUUCUGGAUUCAGGGGGUUGUCUGGACCGCUGAAUGUGUGCCCAUUUACAUUCAGUUCAUGGUCAAGUUCUUCAUCAUCGGUGUGACGGUGCUGGUGGUGGCUGUGCCUGAAGGUCUCCCCCUGGCUGUCACCAUCUCCCUGGCCUAUUCAGUCAAGAAAAUGAUGAAGGACAACAAUCUGGUUCGCCACCUGGAUGCCUGUGAGACGAUGGGCAAUGCCACAGCCAUCUGUUCUGAUAAGACAGGCACUCUGACUAUGAACCGCAUGACGGUGGUGCAGGCCUAUAUCGCCGGACACCACUACAAAAAGAUUCCAGAGCCGGACCUUGUCCCGGUCAAAGUCCUGGACCUGCUCACCCUUGGCAUUGGGGUCAACUGCGCCUACACCACCAAGAUUAUGCCUCCAGAGAGGGAAGGCGGGCUGCCUCGCCAGGUGGGAAACAAGACUGAAUGUGCCUUACUGGGACUCACCCUUGACCUGCACCGAGACUACCAGAACAUCCGCAACGAAAUCCCAGAGGAGAAACUGUUCAAGGUCUACACCUUCAACUCUGUGAGGAAGUCCAUGAGCACUGUGCUAAAGAACCAUGACGGCAGCUACCGAAUGUUCAGCAAGGGGGCCUCUGAGAUCCUGCUCAAGAAGUGCUGUAAGAUCUUGAUGUCCACUGGCGAAGCCAAAGUCUUCAAAUCUCGAGACCGAGAUGACCUGGUGAAGAGGGUGGUUGAAUCAAUGGCAUCAGAGGGUCUAAGGACCAUCUGCCUGGCCUACAAAGACUUUCCUGCCAUUGAAGGAGAGCCUGACUGGGACAAUGAGGCACACAUCCUCACUGGCCUCACAUGCAUUUCUGUGGUUGGCAUUGAGGACCCAGUAAGACCUGAGGUACCAGAUGCCAUCAGAAAGUGCCAGCGUGCAGGCAUCACUGUCCGCAUGGUGACUGGAGACAACAUCAACACAGCCCGGGCCAUCGCCACCAAGUGUGGCAUCCUGCAUCCUGGAGACGACUUCAUUUGUAUGGAAGGCAAAGAGUUCAACCGAAGGAUCCGCAACGAGCUGGGCGAGAUUGAGCAGGAGCGUAUUGAUAAGAUUUGGCCCAAGCUGAGAGUCCUCGCCAGAUCAUCUCCAACAGACAAACACACUUUGGUCAAAGGUAUCAUUGACAGCACAGUACUAGAGCAGAGCCAAGUUGUCGCAGUAACUGGAGAUGGCACAAACGACGGUCCUGCCCUCAAGAAAGCGGAUGUUGGCUUUGCCAUGGGCAUCGCAGGGACGGAUGUCGCGAAGGAGGCGUCUGACAUCAUCCUGACAGACGACAACUUCAGCAGCAUUGUUAAAGCCGUUAUGUGGGGCAGGAAUGUCUACGACAGCAUCUCCAAGUUCCUGCAGUUCCAGCUCACCGUUAAUAUAGUUGCUGUCAUUGUGGCCUUCACUGGAGCCUGCAUUACUCAGGACUCCCCUCUGAAAGCUGUGCAGAUGCUAUGGGUCAACCUCAUCAUGGACACCUUCGCUUCGCUGGCUCUUGCCACCGAGCCGCCGACUGAGGCAUUGCUGCUCAGGAACCCAUACGGCCGCAAGAAGCCGCUCAUCUCCCGCACCAUGAUGAAGAAUAUCCUGGGACACGGUGUCUACCAGCUGACUACCAUCUUCCUCCUGCUCUUCAUAGGUGAAAAGAUUUUCGACAUUGACAAUGGCAGGGACGCCCCCCUCCAUGCCCCGCCCUCGGAGCACUACACCAUCGUGUUCAACACGUUUGUCCUCAUGCAGAUCUUCAAUGAGUUCAAUGCCCGAAAGAUCCACGGAGAGAGGAACGUCUUCGAGGGUGUCUUUAACAACCCCAUCUUCUGCACCAUCAUCCUGGGAACCUUGAUUAUACAGAUCUUGAUUGUUCAGUUUGGUGGGAAACCAUUCAGCUGUGUGAGCCUGACCAUUGAGCAGUGGCUGUGGUGUAUCUUCCUGGGGAUUGGCAGUCUCCUGUGGGGACAGCUUGUGUCCAGCAUUCCUACUAACUGGCUGAAGUUCCUGAAAACAGCGGGUCACGGCACGCAGCGAGAGGAGAUCCCUGAGGAGGAGCUGGAGGAGAUGAAGGACAUGGAUGAGAUUGACCACGCUGAGAUGGAGCUGAGGAGGGGACAGGUGCUCUGGUGUCGCGGCCUCAACCGCAUCCAGACACAGAUCCGUGUGGUAAACGCCUUCAGGGACAGUGUGUCCCCAUAUGAGGGUCUGGAGACACCUGAGGCUCGCAGCUCCAUCCACAACUUCAUGACCCACCCUGAGUUCCGCAUUGAGGACUCAGAACCUCAAAUCCCCCUGAUUGAUGAAAAUGAAGGCGAGGACGAUCCCCCCACCAAACGAAAUUCCGUCAUCAUCCCGCCACCACUGACUGGACUGUCCUCUCUGCCGCCUCUCCCGUCCUCACCGAACCAGAACAACAACGCCAUGGACCGCAUCAUUCCACAGCACAAGGACACCUCCAGGUCCAUUCUGAUCCCGUCCAACUCAGCUGGGCUGCCACCCUGUCCAGGGAGCCCCCUGCACAGUCUGGAGACCUCGCUCUGA